AUGAAAAGAAUCUCACAACCAUCUUUACCCCAGUCACCAUCUUUACCCAAGUCACCAUCCUUACACCAGUCACCAUCCUUAUCCAAGUCACCAUCCUUAUCCAAGUCCCCAUCUUUACCCCAGUCACCAUCUUUACCCCAGUCACCAUCUUUACCCAAGUCACCAUCCUUACCCCAGUCACCAUCCUUACCCCAGUCACCAUCCUUACCCCAGUCACCAUCAUUAUCCAAGUCACCAUCCUUAUCCAAGUCCCCAUCUUUACCCCAGUCACCAUCCUUAUCCAAGUCCCCAUCUUUACUCCAGUCACCAUCCUUAUCCAAGUCACCAUCCUUAUCCAAGUCACCAUCCUUAUCCAAGUCCCCAUCUUUACCCCAGUCACCAUCUUUACCCAAGUCACCAUCCUUACCCCAGUCACCAUCCUUACCCCAGUCACCAUCCUUAUCCAAGUCCCCAUCUUUACCCCAGUCACCAUCCUUAUCUAAGUCCCCAUCUUUACCCCAGUCACCAUCCUUAUCCAAGUCACCAUCCUUAUCCAAGUCACCAUCCUUAUCUAAGUCCCCAUCUUUACCCCAGUCACCAUCUUUACCCAAGUCACCAUCCUUACCCCAGUCACCAUCCUUACCCCAGUCACCAUCUUUACCCCAGUCAUUAUCCUUACCCAGUCACCAUCUUUACCCCAGUCAUUAUCCUUACCCAGUCACCAUCUUUACCCCAGUCACCAUCUUUACCCCAGUCAUUAUCCUUAUCCAGUCACCAUCUUUACACAAGUCAUCAUCCUUACCCCAGUCACCAUCCUUACCCCAGUCACCAUCCUUACCCCAGUCACCAUCUUUACCCCAGUCACCAUCCUUACCAAGUCAACAUCUUUAUCCAAGUCACCAUCCUUACCCCAGUCACCAUCUUUAUCAAAGUCACCAUCCUUACCCCAGUCACCAUCUUUAUCAAAGUCACCAUCCUUACCCCAGUCACCAUCCUUACCCCAGUCACCAUCUUUACCCCAGUCACCAUCUUUACCCCAGUCACCAUCCUUACCCAAGUCACCAUCCUUACCCCAGUCACCAUCCUUACCCCAGUCACCAUCUUUACCCCAGUCAUUAUCCUUACCCCAGUCACCAUCUUUACCCAAGUCACCAUCCUUACCCCAGUCACCAUCUUUACCCAAGUCACCAUCCUUACCCCAGUCACCAUCUUUAUCAAAGUCACCAUCCUUACCCCAGUCACCAUCUUUAUCCAAGUCAUCAUCCUUACCCAGUCACCAUCUUUACCCCAUACACCAUCCUGUUAACUUCUUAG